GUGCAACGCCGCGGCUGCGUUCCUCAAGCUCGGAAUGUACGAGAUGGCGGAAGAGGCGGCGACGUCCGCGCUCAAGUUCGAUCCGGGCUGGACAAAGGCGAGGUACAGGCGCGGGCUCGCGAGGAAGGGGAUGGAGGAUUACGCCGCCGCUAUGAUGGAUUUCCACGUAGUGCUGAAGCUCGAUCCGUCGUGCGCAGAUGCUCAGAAGGAACACGAUAUUGUGGCCGACUUGUGCAUGGGAGAUUGGGACCAUGAUGCGGAUUAUAUAUAUCCCCCGCCUGACGAGCACCUGUGGCAGAACUGGGAAGAAGGCUCGGACUCGAGCGACUUCAACCACGAGGGAAGUAAUAUUCCCUGCAGGUGGUACAAUCGCGACGGGUGCAAGAAGGGGAGGGAGUGUCCAUACUCGCACGCGCCUGACGCGAAAAGCGUGAGGGAUAAGCUCGGUCGCAACGUCUGCGUGUUCCACGUCAUGAACAAGUGCAAGUUCGGAGAGACGCGAUGCGUGUACUCGCAUGAUCUGCGGUACCUCCCCGACUCGUGGGCGGCGUUCAUCAAGGAUAAAGGUCGGGUAAGGGAUUUCUGGGAGCUGUACUUGGAGUAUCAGAGGGUUCCAGACGGGACGUUCGCGCCGUGGGCCGAGCCGAAGCGCGAACAGUGGCUCCCGGAGUACUGCAGGCGGUCGGUCGAGGAGAUCCCGGACGAUAUUAGUGCGCUCUGGAGGACCAAGCAAAAGGGUCAAAGGAGGAAAGGUGCGAAGGACAAAGGGAAGAGGCAAGGUAAAGGCAAAGGUAAAGGGAGAGGCAAAGAUACAGGAGGUUGGGAGGAAUUCCUGAGGAAGGCUUAUUGGGACCACGAGCUGGAGCGGGAGGCUGCAGAGAGAGCCGACAAUUACGGAUUCACACGGGCAGAGGUCGACGACCUCUUAUGCCAAGGGGUUAAGCCGUGGGACGAAGACGCAUGGGACGUGAUGCAGGUCUUGAAUGGGGACUUCUUCUAGUCCAGCACAUUUAUUGACGCACAUUGUUACUGUUGAGCCGGUCACCGGGGCGCUGUAUUUUCAGAGAUUUCUUGGUUUACUACUUGUUGCUUGCUCAUGUUUCGGAUUCGCUCCCUGGAAUGAAGUCGUCCGC